AUGUCGCUCUCGCGCAGUCCCUCGCCUAUACCUGGAGGCGGUUGGGCCAGCCCUGGCCUGACCAUCAACACCAGCGGUCGAUCGAGUCCGAGUAGAGGCUUCUCAGCAUCCAACGGCGCUUCUACCCCUUGGGAGAGCAAGAUGAGGACCGUUGGUAUGAACGGAUACCCGUCCUUUUCUACCCAGAACCAAGGCUUCUUCACACGACACAUGCGCCGGAUAUCAAGCAGCCUACCGCGGUUCAACAACCAGAGUCCAUAUGUCGAGAAGGAGAAGGACAAACUGGGGCGAGGAUCAUGGGCGGCACAGAAGGUUCCCCUCGUGGGAAGGAUACGGAACAUUUUCGCGCGCAUGGGCAGGAAGAUGAAGCUGCGCCUGCUGAUCCUGCUCCUCUUCACCCUCGCGAUGACCAUCUUCUACAACACUCCUCUCGUCUACCACUGGCGAAGACACUUUGGUGGAGGCCAAAAGUAUGUCAUUAUCUUGGCCGCCAAUAUCGGAGGAGGUGUCAUGGAGUGGAAGGGGGCCCGUGAAUGGGCUAUUGAGCGAGACAGUGUACGGAACAAGAAGAAGUACGCCAACCGAUGGGGAUAUGAUCUUGAGAUCGUAGACAUGAGCACCAAGAAGCGAUACGCACACGAAUGGCGCGAGAGCUGGGAGAAGGUCGACUUUGUGCGCUCCGCCUUCCGCAAGUAUCCAAAGGCUGAAUGGGUUUGGUGGCUCGACUUGAAUACCUACGUCAUGGAACUAUCUUAUCCCUUACAGAACCAUAUCUUCAACGACAUAAGCAAACACGUCUACCGCGACAUCAACGAGUACAACCCUCUGAACAUUAGCCACCCUUUCACCGAUCCUUACCUGGACGAGGAGUCCCGAAGCCCGAUUGGCGAUGGAAAGGCUGAAUCGGUCAACCUGAUCCUCUCCCAGGACUGCUCUGGUUUCAACCUCGGCUCCUUCUUCGUAAAGAGAGGCAAUUGGGCUGAUCGCAUGCUGGAUGUCUGGUGGGAUCCUGUCGCCUACGAGCAGAAGCACAUGGAAUGGGAACACAAGGAGCAGGACGCUCUGGAGCAGCUCUACAAAACGCAGCCCUGGAUCCGCAAACACACGGCCUUCCUCCCUCAGCGCAUGAUCAACGCUUUUCCGCCAGGCGCUUGCUCCGAGAACGGGAACGACACUCGUAUCCACUACGACCAGAAGGACCGAGACUUCCUCGUCAACAUGGCCGGCUGCGAAUGGGGUCGCGAUUGCUGGGGUGAGAUGUACAACUACCGCGAGCUCAGCUAUUAUCUGAACCGCAAUCCGUGGGAACGUUUCAAGGAGGAUCUCAUUGCUGUCAUCUGGGAGAAGAUCACCGGCCAAAAGGUCAAGCUCUGA